GCUAGUCAAGGUUGUUAACUGCUGAGCCAUGAUGGGAACUCCCAAAUUUAGUUUUUUCAUAGUUUAUUCUCAAAAUACCUAAUACAAUCCAACAAUACUUUUCUCCUAUGCCUGCUAAUUAUCCUAAAGUCAACAGACUUUCAAAAACCUAUUGCAAUUGCCAAAUAACUUCUCCCAAUAUAGUCAUGAUUAUGGCAUCAAAAUGCCAAGAAACCAUUAACAGUUUUUCAUUUUCUACUGAAUUAUGUUAAAAUUCCCCUACUUAUAUUUGUUUUCUUGAAUCAACCAAAUGAUUUUAAGCUUUACUCUCUACAUCCAAACUCUCUUCAAAUAAUUCUAGUUGCGGUUCCCUUCAUGUUCCCUUAAGUUUCUCUGCCCCAGGACAUUCGUCUGAGCUGAUCCCUUCAUCUGGACAACCUUCCUCAUGUAGUCUAUCUCCGCCCAUGGAAACUGUACCCAUCCCUCAUGACCCAUUAUAUAGGACGUGGGUGACUUUUCAAUUCCCUAAUUAGAUGUCAGUUCUCUCUUUCUAAAAUCUGUGUUAUGACCUUUUAAUAUUUUCAUCUUGCAAUUUUCCCCCUAGAUGAGUUUCUAGACCUCAGCACUAUUAACAUUUUGGUAGGAUAACUCUUUGUUAGGGAUGUCCUGUGCUUCGUAGAUUAUUUAGCAGCAUCCCUAUUCUCUACUCACCAGGUGACAGUAGUUACAACCCAAAUGUCCCCAAAUAUUGCCAAUGUCCCCCAAAGGGUAAAAUCACCCCCAGUUGAGAACCACUGCUCCAGAUCAUUUUCCUUUACUAUUGAGUACCUUUCAAAAGCUAAAAAACUACCAUAUGAAUGAUUCUGAAGGAGUAACAAGUUUUGGGGUUAAAAAACUUGUUUAAAAAGCAGACUUUUUAAAAAUGGUUAUGGCCAUUAGAAUCUCUAGCAGAAUAUUGAACAUUACUGGUAUUUCUCAAAUGUAUUUGUGUGAACAUCUUAAAUGUUGAACUUGUAGGUCUUAUCUUGAAAUCCAAAUACCAUAAUGUCCAUAUAAGGUUGUUUUUUUUUUUAAUGAUGUAAUUUUUGUUUUCCUUUACAGUCUUACCUCUCUAAAAUCCCUUAAACACAACCUAUAUUCAGGAUGUAAUGACUAAUUUUGGAUGACCUUAAUAUGUCUCCAUUUCUCUCCAUUUCUCUACUUUGGUUGCAGCAAUCUAGAAUUUUAUUGUCCAUCCUUCACUUUCCUAUCUUUUCUUAUACAUAGGCAAAAAGAAAAUUUAAGGUUAACACUAAUAUAUGAAGUCUACCUGACCUGUCAUACUAUUCUUGAACCUGCAGUUAGUCAGCCAAUCCUCUUCUGAGUUCUAAAAACAAUUCGUGUUGACCUUUGUUAUAUCACUCAUCAUGUAUGAAUACUCUAAUUGCAUACUCUCCCCAUUACAAUGAAUGAGUUUCUUGAAGACAGAAGCUUUGUAUUUCUCAUCACUGUAUCAUCAAGGUCUAGUAUGAUGUUCUGUCAUUAAUUAAUGUCUUUUCAACAAAUGAGAAGUGUGUAAAUCAUAUGCAGAGAAGAGAUGCCUAAAAAGCACAGGAAUAAAAUUUCUGAACAUUAAUUGACACAUUAAAAUUAAAACUGUGCCUUCUAGUCCUCCACAUGUUAUGUUUUCCUCAAGCUAAUGAUGUAUAGCAAAGUUUUCCAGGGUGGAUCAUGGAAACCUUCACUGAACAAUGAAACACAAGAAGACAACAUGUCUCUCAGAGAGAAAACACUUACCAGAGGAAGGGAAAUCAGCACAUGUAGAACUAAAUGGUCUUGUUGUGGACAGAAAUGUUAUUAUUUUUCGAAUGAAUCGAAGAACUUCAAAGAGAGUCAACAUUCCUGCAAGGAAAUGGGCUCCACACUUCUUAAGAUAGACGAUGAGGAAGAACUGAUCUUCAUUCAAAGUCACCUAUCCUAUUUCUACUGGAUCGGAUUGUCCCGUAAAAGCAUCACAAGUUACUGGACAUGGGAAGAUAACACACGACAUUUUCUGAACUUUGAUUGGAAAGACUCAAAGGAUGGAAACUGUGCAAGUAUAUCAGCAAAGAAGAUCACUGCUACUGACUGUGCCAAACUGAGAUACUACAUUUGUGAGAAGUAAAUUGCUUGUCUUGCUACCUAAUGAAAUAACAGCAAAAGGCAUAUCCAAUAAUUUUCCUUAUAAAAACUCAGAUUCUUGGAAGUUCUCUCUCUCAUUUCAUAAUAUGUGCACUUUGUUACAGGCUCUACCUGUAUUCUAGCCUCUGAUUGAGAGAUGUCAGGCCCUCCACCUUUGCCCCUUUCACAAGCAGACUGUUAGAUCACACAGGUUAUGAGCACAGGUUGGUGGGGUGAGAAAAUAUCAGCGCUUUGGAUGAGCACUGGGAAGUGAACUUCUGUAUAUUCUACUUCUGCAACUUAACACAGAUAAAGUAAUCCUGCCAAGGUCUCUCACCAUCAUGCACAUUUUAUCUGGCAUUUCCUGCCAACAAUAGUUAACGGCAUUAUUCUUUAUGAAUUGUGUAUGCAUUUCUCUUUGGCUCCUUACUUUUUAGGAGAAAGAUAAUAUAGUAUACUGGAAGAGAAUAGAGAGUAUCUUGAAUCAGACCCAUGUCUGGGAGCCCGAGCCAUACCACAGCUAAUGGCAUAAGGGCUCUCCAGCAAGUCCAAACUUCUGAGUCGGUUUCCUUGCCAGGAGGGAGACUACUAGACUGUUAUGCAAAGUGGCUGUACCAUUUUGCAUUCUAUUAGCAGUGUGUGACAGUUUGUACCCUUCCAACAUUUAAUACUUGCUUGUAUCCUCCCAACAUUUAAUAUUGUCAGUUUUUUAAACCACCUUAAUAAAGAUACAGUGUAAUUGAA